AUGGCUGGCGACUGGUCCUCAUCGUCGUCGACGGCGGCCAAGGGCGUGGCGAGAAGGCUGGCUCGGCACCACCAGGCCGUGCUCGGAUUCCUGCUCGGUUUCUUCGUCAGCGUCGUACUCUACACCACGGUGUCCGGCCUGCUCCGGUUCACGAAUACCCUUGUCAUUCUACAGCCCACGCCGGGCGAGCGUACCGAACAAAGUGCCAGGACUGCUCCUCCUCUAGUGUUUUCGACGCCUAAUCAUUCUACUGAAGUAAAUGAUGCUGGUGGCAAGUUGGACGAAGUGCUCAUUCGGCAAGAACUCGGUCAAGAGGGUGAUGGGAAUAAUAGAAGCAACGUCAAACAUGGUGCUCCACGCAAGCCCAUCUGCGACCUGUCGGACCCUAGGUAUGCCAUCUGCGAGAUCUCUGGGGACGCCCGUGCCAUCGGCGCCAACUCUACCGUGUUCCAUGUCCCGCCUGCCGAUGAGCACGGCCCUGACGGCCUGGAAUGGGCCAUCCGAGACCAGUCUCGCAAGGACCUCGGAUACAUCGACAAGGUGAAUGUCAAGACCCUGAGCGCCGCCCAGUCGCGGGUGGCGCCGGAGUGCACCUCCCGGCACGCUGUCCCGGCCAUCGUGUUCGCCAUGAACGGGCUCACGUCCAACCCAUGGCACGACUUCAGCGACGUUCUGAUCCCGCUCUUCAUCACCACUCGCGCCUAUGAUGGCGAGAUCCAGUUCCUCGUCACCGAUCUCCGGCCGUGGUUUGUGGACAAGUACCGCCUCAUCCUCACCAACCUAUCACGCUAUGACAUCGUUGACUUCAACAAGGACACUGGUGUCCGGUGCUACCCACACAUCGUAGUCGGCCUACGCAGCCACGGCGACCUCAGCAUCGACCCGGCCCGCGCGCCGCACAACUACACAAUGCUGGACUUCCGCAUGUACAUCCGAGACGUCUUCUCACUGCCGCCAGAAGACCAAGGAAUCCCGUACAAGGAGGCUAACAAGAAGAACAAAAAUGGUGGCACUAGCAUGGAGGAACAAAAGCCUCGCCUCAUGCUCAUCAACCGCGCCGGGAUCAGGAAGUUCGUCAACCUUCCAGAGAUCUCCGCGGCGGUGCAGGCUGCCGGGUUCGAGGUGCUGAUCAUGGAGCCGCUCCGUGACAUGAGGCUCGAGGAAUUUUCUCGGCAGGUGGACUCGUGCGACGUGCUGAUGGGCGCGCACGGGGCCGCGCUCACAAGCUUCUUCUUCCUCCGCACCAACGCGGUCAUGCUACAGGUGGUGCCAUGGGGCUUAGAGAGGGAGGCUAUGAGUUACUUCGGCGUGCAUGCCAAGGACAUGAUGUUGCAGGACAUCGAGUACAGCAUCACCGUGGAGGAGAGCACGCUGUAUGAGAAGUAUGGCAAAGACCACCUGGCAGUACGUGACCCAGAGGCACUACGUAAGCAGGGGUGGCAGUUGUUAAGGAAGUACUUGUGGGACGAGCAGGACAUCAGGCUUAACGUCACCAGAUUUACUCCCACUCUACACCAGCUGCUUCGAACGCUCGGUAAAUAGAGGAUAGGAAAUACUCCCUCCGUUCCGAAAUAGAUGACUCAACUUUGUACUAACUUUAUAUUCUAUUUCAGAACGGAGGGCGUAGAUUACAAGAAGGUUGAAACA